AUGGGCAAGAAGUUUUACGGACUCGUGGGCACGAAGCUCAAUAUCGCCAUUGCCGUGGUCGCCGGUGUCGACUUCGCGCUUUUCGGAUAUGACCAGGGUGUUAUGGGAGGCUUGCUCACCCUCGGUUCGUUCCUGAGAACCUUUCCCGAAAUCAAUGUGCAGAAUCCCCCAGAGGGCCAGACUGCCAGUCAUGUAUCCAACAUCCAGGGCAUCACAGUCGGUGGCUACACUUUGGGAUGCUUCUUCGGCGCAGUGGCAACUAUCUGGCUUGGCAAUCUGCUUGGACGAAAACGAACCAUUAUGGUCGGUUCUGCUAUCAUGGUCAUCGGAGCGGCCAUCCAAUCCUCUUCAUUCAGUCUAGGUCAACUUAUAGCGUCCCGUCUCAUCACAGGAUUCGGCAAUGGUAUGAACACAUCAACUGUCCCCACAUGGCAAUCCGAAACAUCCAAGUCUCAUCGCCGAGGCCAAAUGGUGAUGAUUGAAGGAUCUCUGAUUGUCUUCGGUGUGAUGCUCUCUUACUGGCUCGAUUUGGGAUUUUCCUUUUUGGAACCAUCAACGAUAUCGUGGCGAUUUCCUAUUGCAUUCCAAAUCGUUCUUGCCCUAUUCAUCCUUGCACUGAUCCCAGGACUUCCUGAAUCGCCACGAUGGCUCGUCUUGAAGGGCAGGGAGGCCGAGGCCCUUGAUGUUCUAUGCGCGUUGAGCGACCUGCCUGAAGACGACCCAAAGAUUCAGAGCGAGUUCAAAGCCGUCAAGGACACUGUCUUGGAGAUGGCUCAGGGUCGCUUCGCAGACUGCUUCAAACUCAACCGCAACCGCAACUUCCACCGAACAUGCCUUGGAUACGUGAAUCAAAUGUUUCAGCAGAUUUCUGGGAUUAAUAUCAUCACCUACUACGCGGCAACCAUCUUCGAGAACAGCAUUGGACUUUCACCAUUCUUGUCUCGACUGCUAGCAGCACUCAACGGUACUGAAUAUUUCAUAGCAUCCUGGAUUGCGAUCUUCACCAUCGAAAAGAUUGGCCGAAGAAAAUUGAUGUUGUUCGGCGCAGCUGGUCAGGCAGCGUCGAUGGCAAUCCUUGCAGGCACAACCUCAGUACCCACCGACAAUCCCAACAGUCAACAGUACGGUAUAGCAGCUGCCGUCUUCCUUUUCGUCUUCAACUCUUUUUUCGCCGUCGGGUGGCUUGGCAUGACAUGGUUGUAUCCAGCCGAGAUCACACCUCUGUCAAUCCGUGCGCCAGCCAACGCCAUUUCGACGACAGCGAACUGGAUUUUCAACUUUAUGGUCGUGAUGGUGACGCCUGUCGCUUUCGCGAACAUCGGAUACAACACCUACACGGUGUUUGCCGUAAUCAACGCGUUCAUGAUUCCGUGCGUAUAUUUCUUCUUCCCAGAAACUGCGUACAGAUCGCUCGAGGAAAUGGACGAGAUUUUCCACAAUGUUCACGGGCUUAAGGGGGCAUUCGACGUUGUGCGCGUGGCAAAGAAUCAUCCACACAGAUUUGGCAAGAACGGAGAAAUCCUCAUCAAUUACGAGGAGACUGAAGAGGCAAGAGAGAUUGAGAGGAGGAGAAGCUCGGUCGUUUCUGUUGGUCAUGCAGAGAAGGCUACUAGAGACCACGUGAACGGCGGCACUGAGAAGGUGGAGGAUUUGGAGAGCAAGUAG